GGGAAGAACCGUACAGCUGUGGCUUCGUGGCUAACAGAGAAGCUAACAGGCUAACCAUCAGCGGUGAAAAUAUCAGGAUCCGUGGACUGAACAAAACUCCUCGACAGCUACUUUAAGACGCUGAGUCUAAUAUGGGGAAAGGCGGAGGCACGUUUGAGAGGCUCUUGGAUAAAGCCACCAGUCAGCUGCUGCUGGAGACUGACUGGGAAUCCAUUCUGCAAAUCUGUGAUCUUAUUCGCCAAGGAGAUGCCCAAGCUAAAUAUGCUAUUGGGGCCAUUAAGAAGAAGCUGAAUGACAAAAAUCCACAUGUGGCCCUCUAUGCACUUGAGGUCCUGGAGUCAGUGGUGAAGAACUGUGGCCAGACAGUCCAUGAUGAGGUGGCCAGUAAACAAACUAUGGAGGAACUAAAGGAUUUACUCAAGAAACAGACGGAACCAAAUGUCAGAAACAAGAUUCUGUACCUGAUCCAGGCCUGGGCUCACGCCUUCCGCAACGAACCCAAAUAUAAGGUGGUUCAGGACACCUAUCAGAUCAUGAAAGUGGAAGGUCACGUGUUCCCCGAGUUUAAGGAGAGUGAUGCGAUGUUUGCAGCUGAGAGAGCUCCAGACUGGGUUGAUGCUGAGGAGUGUCACCGGUGCAGAGUACAAUUUGGAGUUAUGACAAGAAAGCACCAUUGUCGAGCCUGUGGCCAGAUUUUCUGUGGAAAGUGUUCGUCUAAGUACUCCACCAUUCCAAAGUUCGGCAUAGAGAAGGAAGUGCGUGUGUGUGAGCCCUGCUUUGAGCUGCUUAACAACCACCCCUCCCUUUCUCCUCCGCUUAGGAAAGCUGAAGGUAAAGCCCCCCCUGCAGGCCCCGCCGAGCUGCCUCCUGAGUACCUGACCAGCCCGCUGUCCCAACAGUCACAGAUGCCCCCCAAGAGAGAUGAGGCAGCACUGCAGGAGGAGGAGGAGCUGCAGCUGGCCAUUGCCCUUUCCCAAAGUGAGGCAGAGGAGAAGGAGCGGAUGAGGCAGAAGAACUCUUACUCAAUGUAUCCCAAAGCUGAUCCCACUCCAGUGACUUCCUCUGCACCACCGGUCAGCACCCUCUACACUUCCCCUGUGAACUCCUCUGCUCCGUCAGCUGAAGAUGUAGACCCUGAGCUGGCCCGUUACCUGAACAGAACGUACUGGGAGAAGAAACAGGAAGAGGCUCGCAAGAGUCCCACCCCCUCAGCCCCUGCCCCUGUGCCAUUGGCUGAGCCCCUUCCAGCAAUCAGCCAGCCAGUAGAAACUCACGUCCCUGUGCAGCCAGUCAGCAUAGUGGAGCAGCAGUACCAAAACGGGGAGUCAGAGGAGAACCAUGAGCAGUUUCUGAAGGCUCUGCAGAAUUCUGUCACCACCUUCCUUAACCGCAUGAAGAGCAACCACAUGCGUGGGCGCAGCAUCACCAAUGACAGUGCUGUGCUCUCACUCUUCCAGUCCAUCAAUAACAUGCAUCCACAGCUGUUGGACAUCCUCAACCAGCUAGAUGAGAAGCGAUUGUACUACGAAGGGCUGCAGGACAAGCUGGCUCAAGUGCGCGAUGCUCGGGCAGCCCUCAACGCCCUUCGGGACGAACACAGAGAGAAGCUUCGCCGUGCCGCAGAGGAAGCAGAGAGACAGAGGCAGAUCCAGCUGGCACAAAAACUGGAGAUCAUGAGGCAGAAGAAACAGGAGUACCUGGAGAUGCAAAGACAGCUGGCCAUCCAGCGCCUCCAGGAGCAGGAGAAGGAGAGGCAGAUGCGUCUGGAGCAGCAGAAGCACACGGUCCAGAUGAGAGCCCAAAUGCCUGCUUUCUCUCUGCCCUACGCCCAGAUGCAGUCUUUGCCCCCCAAUGUGGCAGGAGGGGUUGUGUACCAGCCUGGUGCUCCACCCAGCUACCCGGGCACCUUCAGCCCUGCUGGUUCUGUAGAGGGUUCACCUAUGCACAACAUCUAUAUGAACCAGCCUGGGCAGACCGCACCACCACAGUACCAGGCCAUGCCUGGUGGUGCCACAGAUCCUAAUAUGGUCAAUGCGUACAUGUACCAGGCUGCAGGCACCAAUGGGCAGCCUGCUCCUCCUGGUCAAGCUCCGCCCAAUACAAGUCCACCCUACUCCAACUAUCAGCCCACGCCCACACAGGGUUACCAGAAUGUGGCCUCUCAGGCCCAGAGUAUGCCCCCCAUGUCCCAGGCGGCCCCAACUAACGGUAUGGGUUACAUAGGCUACCAGCCAUACAACAUGCAGAACAUGAUUUCAGCACUGCCAGGACAGGACCCCAAUAUGCCCCCCCAACAGCAGUACAUGCCAGGCCAACAGCCCAUGUACCAACAGGUGGCUCCCCCUGGUGGCCCACAGCAGCAGCAGCCACAGCAGCAGCAGGCCCCUCAGGCUGUGCCCGGCAGCGCAGAGGCACAGCUGAUCUCUUUCGACUAAAAGCCCACACGCUGCAGGCUCUGACACACUACACACUCUCUCCUCCUUUUGGUCUUUCCCCUCACUCUUUGGACUCUGAGGAUGCCCUCUGGAAACGCACACCUCCCACCUUGCUGUGAUGUUGUGGCAAUGUAAAAUAUUGUGAUGAUGUUGCAGAACUGUUGGUCUCCUUGCCUCUCCCCACAGUGCAGUAUGGGAAUGUGGGGUGAAGCUGAAAGAGACGGCACCAUAACCCAGAUCCUUUCACCCUCUUCCUCCCUCUUUCCAGCUGAUAAUAUGUAUGUAGAAUUUCCUUCUUAACGAAUAACUGAAGCUCAGAAAUAGUCAGUGGUAUUAAAGUUAAAAAUGAAAAAGAAAAGAAAAUAAUUGAGGAGAAAAAAAGACAAGACAUAACCAUCCUUUGUCUCCAUAUUUUUCUAAAGCAAAAUAAUUUGCAUGUUAAAUUUUAAUUAUUUUCUGGAAUGGAAAUUUAAUGAUUGCAGCUUAUCAUCUGUAUGUGCUGUUAAAGAGAUUGUGGUUGUGGGGAUAAAGAGUGAUGUCUAGGGAGAGAAAGCACGGUCAAAGGCCUGAUAUAAACGGCUACUAGCUCACAUCUCUGUCAGGUUCACAGCUUUCCAUUCCAGUUGUAGUUUUCAGGUCCAUCCCCUCUCAUGCACACACAAACUAGGGACAUCCUAUCUUAUUUUGGCAUUUAUUUGUUGUGCACUGCUUGGAAUAUUGUGUGUCUUUAAUGUAGUUUCUUAAAUGAAAACAAGACUGACAGAAGCAUAGGACCACAAUAACCUUUAAUUAACUGCAAAUAACCUAUGAGCACCCCUGUGUGCUUUUGGUUAUGACUGUCAAAGAUAAAGAUAGUACAGGUGGGCAGUCUUUUCUAAAGUAUACUUGACUCUCAAUAAUUGUGCAAAUGCUUGCUUGCAGAGCAAACAUGACGUACCGCAUGUAUGUAUCACAUACCCAAUCAGUGAUCUCUGUAACCCUUCAUUUGCUAUCUGUGAACUUCUUUAUUCCAUCAUACUGAUCUGUCUGACUUUAAAGUAAUUUUAAAAUUAUAUUUAAUAAAUAUCUGGUUCCUAUUGUC